GUUAUGGCAACACCGCGCUGUCGUUUCCUUCAUUCGGUGGCCAUUUUGAUGUGAAAAGGUGUCGUUUCUGUUUAUACAGCAUUUUCGAAAAAAAUUCCUUCGGGAAUGGAAAAUUUCGCCAAGGUUGUAGAAAUAUGUUGUUUAUGUGUUCCACAGAUUACUUAAAACUACUAUUCCAACUUAGAUUCCACCAAUUAACCAGCAGUCUACAAUAAACAAAAAAUGUUCUACGCACACUUUGUAUUAGCCAAAAAGGGCCCGCUAGCCAGAAUCUGGCUAGCGGCCCAUUGGGACAAGAAGCUCACCAAAGCCCAUGUCUUCGAGACAAACAUUGAAAAAUCAGUGGAUGGAAUAUUGCAGCCAAAAGUGAAAAUGGCUUUGAGAACGUCCGGACAUUUGCUCCUUGGAGUUGUAAGGAUCUAUUCGAGGAAAGCAAAGUACCUUUUAGCAGAUUGUAAUGAGGCUUUCGUUAAGAUUAAAAUGGCCUUUCGGCCUGGAAUGGUUGAUCUCCCAGAAGAACAUAGAGAGGCGGCUGUGAAUGCUAUUACCUUACCAGAAGUAUUCCACGAUUUUGAUACUACUAUGCCUGAGCUAGCUGAUGUUGACAUUGAGGCUCAGUUCAGUCUAAACAAUGCAAGAGCUGAGGAGAUCACCAUGAGGGAAGAUAUUGGUACAAUUUCAUUAGUAGGUCAUGAUGAAGGUUUUGGAGAUAUGGGCUUUGACACUGAAGCACCUGAACUUAUGAGGCAUGCACCAGGGUUAGAGCCAUCCAUGGAGCCAGUUCUAUUUACUGAGCCUGUUCUGGACAGCUUGGAUAAAGAAAGAGAACCAGUUCCUAGCACAUCAUCAGCUCAGUUACCUGAAGCUCCAAUGGAAAUGGAAUCAGGGGUUAGAGAAAUGAUUUCUGGAGGUCUAUUUGAAGGUGGGCUGUUUGAUGAAACACCAAUGGGUGAUGUUCCACCUGUGGAACCGUCAAUUCCUCAACCAGAACCUCCUCCACCAGAAGACAGUGAUGAUGACAUGGGUGGAUUUGACGGACCUCCAUCUGUUGGACCUCCCAGUAGUCCAGACUCUCGCCCAACCUCCACGUUACCCCCCGUGCAUCAGCAAGUACAACCUCCAACGGCACCGACGCCGGUACCACCUGAGGAACCGCCCCCGCCUUCUGCUCCCACGCCCAUACCCCCUGAGGAAGAACCUGCCGCACCAGUGCCGGCAGCUGAUCAGACCACCCUGUUGAGAGAUGAUGAGGAGAGUUUCGCGUUGGCGCCCGUGGAUGCGACAGCAUUGAGAGAUGAAUUCUACCUAGGCCUGACGAAGUCACGCAAGAAGCGCAAGCUGAUCGUGGACGAAGUGAAGAACAUCAGCGGCGAGGAAAUGAAAAACCAGCUGAGCGACACCAGCGACAUCGUCACGACGUUGGAUCUAGCGCCGCCUACUAAGCGACUUAUGCACUGGAAGGAGACAGGAGGGGUUGAAAAGUUGUUUGCGUUACCUGCCAGAUUAAUUCCUGCCAGGAUAUUGUUUAAGGCGUACCAAAGGCAUUUGACGUUGCGAUCGAUAGGCACGGAAGAUUUCACAAUGCUCGGCGAUCCUGAAUCGCUACAAAUCGAUCAAGCAAGAGAUCAAGAAGAAAAUACACCACAAGAAGCGCCGACGCCGACAAGAAGAGGGAGAAAAAGAAAAGCUAUUGAAGAGCCGCCUCCAACGCCCAUAUCCCACCUGGAAGAAACGCCGCAUCUGUCCGCCCCAUCUAUGGAAGAGCACCAGAUGCCGCCUACGCCUUUGCCGCCAGGUACACCCGCCCCUCAAACGCCCGCCCAUUAUGAUCAAAUGGCGUCACAAUUGGCGGCCGAGCAGAUUCUGCCGCCUGGCACGCCAUCUAUACCGGGGAUGAUGGGACCUGGAACGCCUGGAAUGCUACCAUGCCCAACGCCCUCCAUGAUGGGUCCAGGCACACCCAUGAUGCAACCACAAACGCCUGGUAUGAUGCAGCCUCAAACGCCGAUGAUGCAACCCCAAACACCGGGUAUGAUGCAACCACAAACCCCAGGAAUGAUGCAGCCUCAAACUCCCAUGAUGCAGCCACCAACGCCGGGCAUGAUGCAGCCUCAAACCCCCAUGAUGCAACCCCAAACUCCUGGAAUAAUGGGAACGCCGGCACACGAUAUGAUGGGUGGUGGGGAGAUGUAUUCCCAGACGCCAGUGUACCCAGAGCCUCCCACGCCUUUGCCUCAUAUGGAGGAGAUGCCCCAUUUACCACCCGAUCAGGUGCGAAUGAUCCUUCAAGAACAAGAAGACAUGGCUCAAGCAGCUGAGGCACUCCUGAACGCGCCAAGCCAUUUAGGGGCACAUGAUCUACCUGCUAUGGAUGCAUACGACGAUCAUGAACGCCCUGCAUCUCCAUGGGAUUAUGAAUAUGACCAAGGACCAAGUGAAGAACAACAAAAGGAUGAGACUGAUGAGCAAUUUGAAGAAAGAGUUCUCAACAAACGUGCAUAUCAGCUAUUCACACUUGUCCGCAGAAAGUUUCAACUGGCAGAUAAAAUUCUACUGGAUGAAAUGUGCCAGCACAACACAAAAAAACAGGCUUCACAAAAGUUCUACAGCCUGUUGGUCCUGAAGAAGUUCAGUGUGCUGGAACUUGAACAGAACGAGCCAUAUGGCACCAUAACAGUGACAAAAGGAAAUAAGUUUGAUAAUCCCACCAUGUAAUUGUAUGGUUGAUAUGUGGUGUAUAAAUAAUAUUUAUUUUUGACUAUUUUUAAGAAGAAAUUAUAUUGUACAUACAUUAUGUCGAAUUUAAAGGUACAGAAUAUCUAAAUUUACCAAAGUCUUUUCCACAACAAAGUUGUCUGAUUUGUAGGAUAGGAAUCUUUAUUUAAAGCCCUGGCAGCUGGCGUCAGAUUUUUUCAUUCAAGGGUAAAUCAAACUAAAUUACACUAAGCAGGAUUUAUCAAUCUUUAGAUGGUUCAGGUAAGAAAGCAUGUUUCGAUUUUUAAAUUUGGUUGGUUAUAAUGGUGUUGAAGCGCUUAUGAUGUGACCAUGCCUACGUGAGUUUAAGAAGCUGAUUCAAGUUAUUGUUUGCAGGAAGUCAACCUUCCUGUUGACAAAUUGGCUUUCUUGUGCAUGGCCAGCUUGAAUUAAGGUAAACAUGGUCACAUCCUCAGUAGUAUAUUUUUUCCGAGUGUUGACAAGUGUCCCCUGGAUUUUUUAUACAUAGAGGGUUUUCCAUUAAGGACUUGACAACUUUCUUUUUAAAUAAAACGCAAACCAUUUGAGAUAUCUCGAAAAUUGUAUUGCCGGAUUGAAGUAUACUCAAAACAUGGUGUUUCUUGAAGCACAUGGGAGUUUUCACCUGACCAAUAACGCAUACUGUUUGUUGAAGCCGUUUAGCCAAAAAUGCGCCUCAUCACUGAAGAUGAUUUUGCGAUGAAAUUGGUUAUUUUCUUGCAACAUUUCUAGAGCCCAAUUCGAGAACGUACGUCGGUUCAUGUGAUCGAACGGCUUUAGUUCUUGAGUUAACUUGAUCUUAUAACGGUGCAGGCCAAGAUCUCUUCGCAAAAUUCGCCAUAGUGUGGUCUGUGCGAUGCCCAAUUCUUGAGAACGCAGUGUUCUGUUCUUCUGCGACGGAAACUUGAACGGUAGCAAUAUUCUCGGCACUCUGACCAACCCGAUGUCUCAUUGGCACGGGAACAUCCAGCAGCGAAUAUGUGGUAUCAAUUUUUCUUACUUGAGUAUGAAUUGCUUGUCUACUGGGACGAGAAUUACGACAAAAAAUUGGCGUUAACGCUCUUAAAGUUGCAGUCACCGACUCGGAAUUUCGGUAGUAAAUUUUAAUUAUUUGUAAGCGUUGUUCGUUCGUGUAUUUCAUCAUGAUGAAAAUGUUUUCUUUACUGAAUGUUUUGACAUUGACAGUUCGGUAAUUGAGUUAAAGGUGCGUUCACAGUGAAUGUUCAAAGUUGUCAAGUCCCUAUUGGAAAACCCGAUAUAUUUGGGACUCUAUAAAAGUUUGCCCAAAUUACUGCUGCCGCUUACAUUGGUUUUUAUGUCAUUAUAUGAUUUCCGAGAUGAGCUUUUAGCAAGUGAUUUUUUCAACGUUUCUCGCAAAAAAUUGCUCAUUUCGAUUAUAAACAGUCAAAAACAAAGUUCCAUUGUCCAUUGUACUAUUCGUUAUUAUUCUUCAGAGUGGUCCGGAGGACCUUUGCUCUUAGUUAAAAGUCUCGUCGGUCUUUUAGUCUGUCAGGUCUGGCUACCCCAGAUACCAAACAGGUUCAAGGGAAAGAAAGGAAGGAAGAAAUAGAGCAAAUGCUUUGGCUACUCGAAUUAUUUUGUAGCUCCAAAAAAUAAUUUUGAUCGGUUUUGUAUAAUGAAAUAAUUUUGGCUGGUCUGAAUUUACAAUUUAAUUUUGAUCACAGUGCAAGGCGCGGCCUGGAAUGUUUGCGAUUGUCCAUUGUCUAGUCAAGUCUAAUCACACAUACUUACAGCGUGUUAAGAGUUGAUUCCUUGCAUUAUUCUAAGCAAAAAAGUUCAUUAUAACGUAUGUCCGAAAAUCGAUCGUUUUCGAGAAAAAAGAGUCGUAAAUAAUUAAAUUUUCUCAAACAUUUGGCAACGCUGCAACGCAGCGCACGACGACCGCAACUGAUUCAUUGAAUUGUUUACGUUUGUAUGAUAUUUUUGUUGAAAGUAUGCCUUGAAUUAUUGAAUACUUUCACGCAAUUUUUUGUGGCUAAUAUUUUUUAUUUAAUAACGCUUUCAGUACAGUUAAUUUACUUAAAAAAAAUGACAGAACUUACCGGUACGUGGCGAUACACACCACCAAUUCCCACUAUUAUCAGUCACUUAUUUGAAACGAUGCGAUGCACGAAAAAAAAAAACAUCCCUAAAUCACAUAAAUUUGCAGUUAAAUGUAUUAGUAAUCACGACAAUAGGCGAUGACACAUGCAGUGUGAAGGCGGAGUACGACGUUGCCAGUUGUGUGAGGGAUUUUGUUUGUCUGUUUUUCUUCUGAAAAUUGUAUUUAAUGAGCAAGAAAAUUAUUUUAUUAAAGAGAGUUAAUUAAUAGAUGUAUUGAUACAAUUUACGCUAUUAGGCAUAUGAAUUUAAAUUAUUAAGGUUCAAAAUUAAUUUAUUUCAUGACUAAAAAGAAACAAGUUCAGCAUUUUUUUGCUCCGAAACGGUUGAUUUUCGGACAUAGGUUAUAAUGAACUUUUUCCCUUAGAAUAAUGCAAGGAAUCACCUCUUAAAGUUACGAAUAUUAUUUCCCUAACACCCCGUAUAUUUAAAUUACUCCUUCUUGUAUAACGUUUCGACCACAACGGUGGCCAUUUUCAAGUACAGUGGCAAUAUUGGCAGUAUAUGUUAUCUGCCUUCAGGUGUCAGAUCAUUUAUUUUUUCGUCUCUUCAUUCUUGUACAGUAUUACGAUAUAUUGAACGCAGAGAAUGUUGCAUCUUGCUUACUUGAAGUAGAGAUAGAAACCUAUGUAAGCAGCUUGCAGAGACAAGAUCUCUAUCAAAAUUCACAGAAAUGUAAGUUUGAAGUUUCUACUAGAUAUUUGCAUGGCUUAAUAUAUUCCACCUGGUGGAAUACGUUAGUAAUGAUGGUAAAACUACAUAAGAAGUUUCAGAGGUUACAUUUUAUUAGUGCAUGUAUCACUCAGUUGAAACUUCAAACUCAAAAGUUAUUCAAUUCUUGCGGUAUCUUAGUAACAAUCAUACUGGUCAAAGGUACACAAAUCCAGUGUAUUAGGCCAACAUUAUCAACGAAAGUUGAUAUCUGAUUAUUCUAUCUAAAGAUAGCCAACCUAAUCCGCGUCCAAAAAAUAGCUUAAAUGGGAUACUGUAGCGUCAUCUAUGUUUCUCUGUUUUCCAUACAGAGAAAUCCAAAUAUCACUGACGAGGUAAUCGGUAUGAGGUAGAAGCGUGCAAUAUGUAUGUUAGAAAGAUUGCGCCGAUGGCAAGCCGCACUGCGUCCGCGGCCUCGUCACUCGGAUUGCUGGGCAACGUGAUGCUUCUACACAUUUCGUCGUCAGUGAUAUAUGCAUUGCUCUGUAUACACCUUUAAAAUGUUAGUAUGUAUAUCAUAGAUAGCGUUGUAGACAACUCUAUGAGCGUAUAGGCAGCGCCAUCUAUGGGACACUACCUUUUCAAAUCGAUGGUGUAGCGCACAAACGUGGGAAGAUCAAAACUGUUAAAGAAAUGUAUAAAGUACAAAUUGUAUAAACUAAACUCAUAAUCUUUGCGACAGAAAUCUGCAUUUCAGCAAUAUUAUAAAUGUAUUUGUCACUUACCAUACUUGUGCAUUCGAAGCUUCAUCUCCUGAUUAUUAUGCUCUUGUAGGUAAAGAAAACAACUGUGCACUACACUAUCGAUAUAGUAAAUAUAGAAACAGCUGUGACAGAUUCUCAUAGAUGACACACUACAGUAACUCUUUAUCUCGGAUAUUUUUUUAGAUGUGCGAAUAUAGCAUUAGGUUGGGUAUCUUCAGGUAGAAUUCGUUAAUCAAUGUUUUUAGUUAAUUUUGCGAAUUUUGAUGUCGAAAUAAUGUAUAUGGCUAACCUUCCAUCAAAGGCUGAUAAAAGACGGUGUAGUUUUUUUUUGCAAUGCCAGAUAUUUCUUUUUGUCAUUCAUCUUUAAAGAUCUAGUUAAUUCAUUUAAACUAUUUUUGAGCUGAGUACAAUUUUUUCAUGUGAAUACAAAUAUGUUUUGUACUAAUUUUUGAAAUAUAUCGAAAAUAGUUUGAAUGAGUAUGAAAGUAUCAAGAUCGUUGAUGUUUACUAUUUUCAAAAAAAAA